AUGACAGAGAAUGUGGACACGAAACAGUUCAGAGAACUUGUAAUGGAAGGUAAGUGGGAGGAGGUUAUUCCCCUCUACGAAAAAAGUAGCAAAUAUCACAGAAUGAAAGUGAACAGAGCAGACAACAAUGCAAUGCACAUGGCUGUAAACGAGGGCAACGAAGGUGUCGUUGAGCGUCUUGUAGAUGCAAUUGUGAGGCACGAAGAGGACAAGCACGUGGGUUCAGGUGGUAGCGCCCUGAGAUUGACGAACGAGGAAGGGAACAGUCCUUUGCACACUGCGGCAUGGAGAGGGUACACGGGUAUUUGUUUGGCAAUUUUGAUAAAUCAUUGUUACCCUGCACUCAGGUCCAGGGAGAACAAUGAUGGAAUCACUCCUCUUGAAGUUCUUGCCACUAGGACUUCCGCCUUCAAAAGUAGAAGCAAGCUUUCAUGGUGGAGGCAAAUUCUAUACUAUUGUAUAUUUGUAGAACCUCUGAACCCUCGCAAAGAAUUGGAUUUAUAUUCAAAGAAAUAUGGGACGCCUGAGAGCACUGAAGACAAUGAGAAAGAUGAAAGACACAUAUCAAUAUGCUUCUCUUCACCACGUCUUCGGACUUGCGUUGUAUCAGAAAAAUUUGAAGACAACGACGCUCUUGAGUCAGCAUUAGCAUUCCUUACUCUUGGCCUCUCUAAACUUUGGGGGAAUUUACAACAUGCUGAGGGAACAACUAGCUCAUCCCAGAUACCACAGGAACAUAACAAAAAGGAAUCUGCAUCAAAAAGUGAAGAGAAGGGAACAACUAGCUCAUCCCAGAUGCCACAGGAACAUAACAAAAAGGAAUCUGCAUCAAAAAGUGAAGAGAAGGAAACAACACUAGUAGCUGUGGCCAAAACUGGCAUUGUUGAAGUUACAAAUAUGGAUGAGCUUAAGACUAAGAUACCAAGUGACCCCAAUGACUUUAACUAUACCAAGGAAGGCUUAUUGCUUGUGGCAGUGACGAAUAACAAAAGUGAAUCGGCAAAAAAAAUUGACAAAAAUGAGACAGCAUAUUUGGCUGCAGCAAAAAAUGGCAUAGUUGAAAUUGUGUUAGAGCUUCGAAAACACAUACCAAGUGUUGUCCAUGACAAUACCUCAAACAUGGAAAAUGUAUUGUUUGUGGCAGUGAAGAACAGACAACCCCAUAUUGUUCAUAAAUUGCAAAAUAGUUUGCCCCCUAAAUUAUUUAGAAGCCUUAUUUCAGGAUCAGAUAACAUGGACAAUACUGUGUUACACUUAGCAGCAGCAGGUGCAGUAGGCGACAAUGAAAAGACUUGGCAGAUACCUGGCGCUGCCAUGCAAAUGAUGUGGGAUAUCAAGUGGUACCAGUACAUUGAAGGGCUAGUGCCGGAUCAUUUCGCUUUUAGAAACAACAAAGAUGGUAAAAUAGCAGUAGAAAUCUUCCUUGAACAACAUAAAAAACUCGUUGAAGAAGGUUCUGAAUGGCUAAAGGGAACCUCAGAAUCAUGCUCAGUUGUGGCAGCACUCAUUGCUGGUGUUUCCUUUGCAACUGCUAGCACCGUCCCUGGGGGCACCGACGAUGGUAAACCUGCAUUAGAAGGCGAAUCUGCAUUUGAUGUAUUUACCAUUGCUUCACUAAUUGGACUUUUCUUCUCAGUCACUGCACUAAUAAUGUUCCUUUCUAUACUCACUUCUCGAAAACAAGCUGCAGAUUUUCAUAGAAGUUUGCCCUUUAAACUUCUUUUUGCCUUAACUUCUCUAUUUGCAUCCAUUGCUUCAAUGCUUGUUUCCUUUUGUGCUGCCCAUUUCUUUGUUAUCAACGAAAAAUUCAAACGCAUAUUCUUCCCUAUUUAUGUUGCCACUUGCUUGCCUGUGACUUUCUAUGCAGUGGUACAAUUUCCAUUAUAUGCUGACCUUGUUAAAGCUAUUUUCAAGAAGGUACCACAAACAAGUGGUAAAGGUAUCCAUUUGUAG